AUGCAAGGUGAUGGGUUAGGAUGGAUAGAUGAUCUCUUCCUUCUGUCCAUCUUUUUUCAAAAUUUUAGAAUCAAACGGUAGAUAGAGUUCUCCGUCAGAUCUUCCCAUGCACCGGCUAAUCUUCUACGGUUCAAAAUACCAGCAGGCGAAGGCGAGCGAGGCGACGUCUCUGUAGGGAAGAGAUGGAGGCGGAGGCAGAGGUCCUGGAGCCUUUGGAGCUCCCUUUCUCCGACCUCCUCCUCCUCUCCUCAUCCGCUUCCUCUCCCUCUAGGGUUUCUUCCUUCCCCCAGGAGCUGGCGAGGCUCGAAUCCCUCUCUGCCGCCGUGAUGCAAGCCCUGGGUCCGUCGGGGCCCGGCCUCUUGUCGAUUACCGGAGUCCCCAAAGCCCCCGCCCUCCGCCGCGCCCUCCUCCCUCUCGCCCGGAAGCUCGCGCUUCUCGACAACAAGGAUCGCGCUCGAAUCCUCAAAGAGCAUGGUUUAGGCAGUGAUGUUCCUCUGAAGAAUCCAGAUAGGAGUGUCUCCUCAUUUGCCUUGCAGUUAAAAUAUGGACAAGAUUCAAGUUUGGAGGCAGCUUCGAGUGGUCUUAGCAUUUCAGAGCAAAGCAGCCACAGUGAAGAAGAUAAUUCAUUUGUUAAUAGGUUCCAGGAAUUCAAUCAUUGUGGGUUCGAGCAGCUUGGAAAAACUUUUAAGGAACUAGGUCUUUGUAUGAUGGAACUUGGACUUCGCGUGGCACAGAUUUGUGAUAAGGCCAUUGGUGGCAGAGAACUGGAACAGAGCAUUAUAAACUUGGGUAGUGCAAAGGGACGUCUUAUUCAUUAUCAUUCAACAUUGGAUAACCUUAUUCUCAAAGAGAACUGCAGGAGAAUGAAGAAGGUAUAUUCGGCCGACCUUUGUCCUUCAAAUUUUCAUACUACUAUGUCAGGAGGCUCGUUUCCAAGAUCAGAAAGGGAACCCCCGGAUGAGUUGAAUGCAAAAACUUGCUUGAUUAAAGAUAGGUUCUGCAGAAUUUCUUUGUCCAGUUUGUGGCAGCAAUGGCACUAUGACUAUGGAAUCUUGACUGUUCUAACAACACCAUUAUUUAUGUUGCCUUGCCAAACGGAAGAUUGUUCUUCUGUGUCAAACAGUCAAGAGUGCUCUUCUCCUGAUGGGCAUACAUAUUUGCAACUAUUUGACUCUAAAAGGAAUAAACUCUUUGUGGUGAAAUCCCCACCUGAGAGAUUCAUCAUUCAGGUAGGGGAGGCAGCUGAUAUCUUGUCGGGAGGUAAGCUGUGCUCUACACUUCAUUCUGUUGGCAGACCUGUCGAAAAGGAGAACUUAAGCCGGGAGACAUUUGUUGUCUUCCUGCAGCCAUCUUGGGACAAAACUCUGUCUUAUCCUGCAUACCUUUUAGAGUCUAAAAGAAAUGGGAAGUUGUUGUCAAGCAAGGAGACAUCCGGGUCCUGUGACAAUGACAAUGCUUUGCCAAGCACUGUGGUUGCUGGAACUCAGGAACCACUUGAGCUAAUGCAAGAAAUCCUCAGAAAAAUUCCACCACUAUCCUCUCGUUUGAGAGAUGGGAUGACAUUUGCAGAAUUCUCACGUGAAACUACCAAGCAGUACUAUAGUGGCAGCGGAACCCAGUCUAUGAGAUAGCUAAGUUGUUUGAUGAGUAUUUUCUGGAGGUUGUCAACAUCUAAUCAAUUAUAAGUUUAUUAUUUAAUUCAAACAUCAGAGAGGAGUUAUGAUUCUUGGAGGUUGCAACACAUGCAAAAUUUUGUUUAUAAGCAAUCGGUUUGUUCAGCUUUUACGAUGCAGAUAAAAUAUGCGGGAAUAGCCCAAA